CUCACUGGUCUACUCUCCCAGCAGUCGGAGGUCCAACAAAUCGCAGAGAUGAACGCCAAGCUUGCGCUGCUGCUUCUGGCCGCCCUGGUGGCUGUUGUCUCUGCCAGCCACGGAUACAGUGGUUAUCACGGCUACCGCUCAUACGCCGGCCCCUACUACGGAGGCUACAGGAGCGGACACCACGGCUACGGUUACGGACUCCGCAGCUACGGCCACCACGGCUACCGUCACCGCCGCUCUCUGGGCCACAGCGCCUACCGUAGCUACCUGCCCCACGGAUAUGGAUACGCCAGCCACGGAUAUGGAUACGCACCCCGCAGCUACGGAUACGGAUACGCUGCCCGCAGCUACGGAUACGCCCCCCGCGCCUAUGGAUACCGCUCUGGUUACUAUCAUUAACCGCUGUGUUUUGUGAUGGCACAUCCGCGUCUGGCAUCGACAAAUACAAGUUCUUGAAUCUUUC